AUCGGAGCGGGUGGCGUGGGGCACAGCGGCAGGAUGCUGGUGCCCAGCACGGUGGUGCGCAGCGGGGGGCUGCUCUCGGGCGCCCGCCUGGGCUGCCGGGUACGGGAGGAGGACGUGGGGCGCCGCGAGACCUUCAGCGCCGAAUGGCUCGACUUGGAGCUCAGCACCAGGCCUGAGGAUGGGUGGUGCCGGAGAGAAGUGGAUGAGGAGCACCGGGAGACGGUGGAGCAUCACGGGGAGAUGCGGGUGCUGGAGCAGCGCUCGCCUUGGGGGCUGCUGCGAGUGGGGGUCCUGGGGCACCCCCUGGCCCAGCACCUCCUGCCCUACGCCCGGACCCUUCCGCUGCCCCUCUUUGCCCCCCAAGACCUCCGCGGCGCCAAACCGGGGGUCCCCCGCACCCUAUCGCGCUCCCUCUCGCACGAGGCACAACGAGGCUGAGGGGGACCAUGGGGACAAAGGGGGGAUUCUGGGGG